AGUCCUGAUGUCUUUAAAAGGAUCCGCCGCUGGAAUGAAACACGGUUGAGAGCUGAGAGACUUGACUCUAGUGAAAGUCAAUAUCGUCAAUAUCCUCCAACUGGCCACCAUGAGGGUUGGAGUGCCCUUCACACUGAUCAUGCUCUGCGGCCUGGCAUGGGCUGGAAACAUGGAGUCCUGCGCCUCUCGCUGUCAUGAGAAGUUUGACCGGGAUGCUGCCUGCCAGUGUGACCGCCGCUGUCCCCGCCACGGGGACUGCUGUGAGGACUAUGAACAUCUUUGUACUGCUGAAGAGGAACCCACAGAACCCGAUACACACCUGGAGCUGGAAGAAGCCCCCGCCAGCUACCUGUACUCAGCACCCAACUCCUGCCAGGGCCGCUGCCGAGAAGCCUUUGACAAACACCACCCUUGCCACUGCAAUGACCGCUGCCAGGAAUUUGGAAACUGCUGCGAAGACUUUGAAAGCUUGUGUGGUGACCACGAGGGUUUCUCCCACAGUAGUGACACCAUUACCAAAGAAGAGCUUCGGAGCAUCUCUGAGAAGAUCUACAAGGUAGACACCAACAAGGCCCGGAAGGAAGACAUCAUCCUCAAUAGCCAAAACCGCAUCACCCCAGCUGAGACAGGAGACCAAGUGGAUCACUGCCCAGAGCCGCUCUUCACUUAUGUCAAUGAGCAGCUGUUCUCCAAGCCCACCUAUGCAGCAUUCAUCAACUUGCUCAACAACUACCAGAGAGCCACUGGCCUUGGGGAACACUUCAGCGCCCAGCAGCUGGAGGAGCAGGCUGUCUUCCUCAGAGAGGUCAUGAAGACGGCCGUCAUGAAAGAACUCUAUGGCUUCCUCCAUCACCAGAAUCGUUACAGUUCUGAACAAGAGUUUGUUGAAGACUUGAAGCACAUGUGGUUUGGGCUGUAUUCCAGAGGCAGUGAAGAGGGAGACUCUAGUGGCUUCGAACAUGUCUUUUCAGGUGAAGUCAAAAAGGGCAAAGUCACUGGCUUCCAUAAUUGGAUCCGCUUCUACCUGCAGGAGAAGGAGGGUUUGGUUGACUACUACAGCCACAUUUAUGAUGGGCCGUGGGAUUCCUAUCCUGAUGUGUUGGCAAUGCAGUUCAAUUGGGAUGGCUACUACAAGGAAGUGGGCUCGGCUUUCAUCGGCAGCAGCCCCGAGUUCGAGUUUGCCCUCUACUCCCUGUGCUUCAUCGCUAGACCAGGCAAAACGUGCCAGUUAAGCCUAGGUGGAUAUCCCUUGGCCAUCCAGACCUACACCUGGGACAAGACCACCUACGGGAAUGGCAGGAAGUACAUCGCCACAGCCUAUGUGGUGUCUUCCACCCGAUAGAGCUUCAAGCCGGAAGAGGACAAGAAGGCUCAUUCGGAACUGAAGUGCUGCCUGCCUUGGACCCAAGAGGGGAGAGAGGACCCCAAGAGCCCCACAUUCUAAAU